UGGAGGGAGGAUGUAAGCUGAAAGAAAUCUCUGACACAGUGAUUGUCAGGAAAGGGAGAGAGCUGCUGCGAUUCACUUUACUGUGGGGGGAAAAAACACCAAAAAAAAAUGAGCAGGGUCACCUUCUUUGAGGUGGAGAUCCUUGAUCCCAAGACAAAGGGGCAGCUAUGUUUUCUGGACAAGGUGGAACCUCAUGCCACUAUUGGAGAAAUCAAGUGCUUGUUUCAUAAAGUGUACCCUCAGUGGUACCCAUCAAGACAGGCCCUUAAGCUUGAUCCAAGAUACGAAGGAUUUAUUCAGUCAUUGAAGGGGAAAGCAUUAAAGGACGAUGAGAUCUUGCAGAAUCUCCCUGUAGGCACAACAGCUACUCUCUAUUUCAAAGACUUAGGUCCCCAAGUUGGCUGGACAAUGGUGUUUCUCUCUGAAUAUGCAGGUCCGCUCUUUAUAUAUCUACUGUUCUAUUUCCGACUUCCAUAUAUCUAUCGCCAUAAGCACGCGUUCACGUCCAGCCCAUAUCCUGCCGUGACCCUGGCCUGUGUAUGUCACUCAAUCCAUUAUAUCAAACGCUUGGUUGAAACAAUAUUUGUGCAUCGUUUCUCCCAUGGUACAAUGCCACUCAGAAAUAUUGUGAGGAACUGUUUAUAUUACUGGGGAUUUGCAGCAUGGCUCGCCUAUUACAUCAACCACCCUCUUUACACUCCACCUUAUUACGGAAAUAAGCAAGUCAACUACGCACUGGCAAUGUUUGUGAUAUGUCAGGCUGGCAACUUUUCUAUUAACUUAACUCUCAAUAAUUUGAGGAGUGAUGGAUCCAAGGCUAGAAAGAUUCCCUAUCCAACCAAAAACCCCUUCACAUGGCUUUUCUUCUUUGUGUCAUGCCCCAAUUAUACCUAUGAGGCUGGAGCCUGGUUCAGCUUUACAAUCAUGACACAAUGUGUGCCAGUGGGUCUGUUUACACUCAUCGGCUUCAUUCAGAUGACCAUCUGGGCGAAAGGCAAGCACUACACCUACAUAAGGGAGUUUAAAGAGUACCCCGACCUCAGGAUGCCGAUUAUUCCUUUCUUGUUGUAAGGAAAUUACAAGCUGUUCGAUGGAAUAAGAGAUGCAACAUAAAGCUGCAUAUGGCCUAAAUUAAAUCCAAUAUGUUAGCAAUUAUAUAGUGCCAUUAAAAAUGUCUUUAUAUGCAGUAACAGGACUAUUCUGGAGCUAUAAAGUUGAUCUAGGUGUAUGCACUUUAUGUGUUUUUGAUUUAGUUAACAUGGGUGAGCUAUAAUUGCUUUUAGGACAGCAUGGUGCAGCUCUAUUCACUUUACCCCAAACAUAUAUUUAAAAAAUACAUUAUUAGUCACAUUUGAGAGACCACAAAUGCAUGACUUAUGGAAGCAGUGGCUCAGUGUAGCAUCUGCACUGAAUUAGCCAAGCAGCCAUGCAGUCUUAUGUGUUUGUUUUCUCCAUUCAUCAUUCCUUAAUUCACUGUUAUUGUGCUGCCAGAAUUUCCCUCUUUGGUUUUGACACUUAGUCUAGCAACUUUUUUUUUCCUAACCUCUACACAAUGGAUAAGUCAAUCAGGUGUGUGUCUUUAAAAAGUUUGCUACCAUGCUCUUGUGUUCUGUAAAGAGAAAGAAUUGCCAUGGCUAGGCUUUAAAAAGCAAGAACUGUAGCAUGGUUACCAGGGUGAGAAAAAGGUCACACAAUUGUUUGCAACCUGAUUUUGACCACGAAACAUGCGUUCUACAAAUAGAUGUACAUUAAAACUGAUCUGUUACCACUGUUAUAAGCAAGACUCAACAUUUGGCCCAGCAUGUAAAUGCUGUUUUUCCAUCCCUCCCUCCCAAUAUUCCUCCUGAUGAUUUACCCACUCAACAAUAAAUUAAUUAUAUGCACAGAUUUUUUUCUUAAACAUUGACCAGUCAUCCAAUACAGAAAUUAAAAUAAAAGACCUUGCUUAUAAAAUACAAAUGCAGUUAUUUGGUGACUUAAAUCAGUUUUUUUUUACUUUUGCAGCCCAGUAUUUUUGUCUCUUUUAAAAUCAUGCUCUUAAUACAGCUGUAGUCUAUUACAUGUGAGAGUGAUGCAACAUGUUUCCAUCAAUUAAAAUUAGUAAUUCAUAACAUACUCAUCAAGAAUUAAUUGAGGGUCAUAAUGAAAGGUUUACUCUUCUAUGAACUCCCCUUGGAAUAGGGCUAGAACAAACAUCAGGAACUAACUCAGCAGCUUUAGAGUACGUAUGAAUUAAGUACAGUAAUGAAGUAGGAAAACAUGAUGUUGCACCAGCAAUGAGAGAAAUUAGAUUCUUAAGGCUGAGAGGCAAAAGAAAGGUGCUAAAAAAAAAAAGAAAAUGGAGCGCAAGUGUUGAUUCAAAAAUAAUGCAUCUAAAAAACAUGGCAAUGAUGGGUAAACAGAGUGUUAUCUGCUCAUAAGUGUUUAUUAUUAUUUGUUUAUUUAGCAGACGCCUUUAUCCAAGGCGACUUACAGAGACUAGGGUGUGUGAACUAUGCAUCAGCUGCAGAGUCACUUACAAUUACGUCUCACCCGAAAGACAGAGCACAAGUGCUUUGCUCAGGGUCACACAAUGAGUCAGUGGCUGAGGUGGGAUUUGAACCGGGGACCUCCUGGUUACAAGCCCAUUUCUUUAACCACUGGACCACACAGCCUCCUUACAUCAUUACCACUCACAAUAUUUGUAUUGGAAUGUGUGUCAUAACAGCAUUGCUAAUACCAAGAGUAUACUGAAAAGCUCCUUUCUUCUCAGGUGCGAGCCUUUUUAUGUAGUUCUCUGUUUCAGGCGAAUGUAGCCAUACAUUUCAGAUGCUAUUACACUGACUUUUUGUAUCCAAAGUGUA